AUCGCCGUUACCCCUCUCAGGGCCGCAGUUUGUUCCUUCCUUCACUCUCUCUCUCUCUCUCUCUCUCUCUGGUUUUUACCUCUCUCAGUGCCCAUUUCUCGAUUGCCAGGCCAGAUUAGACAGAUAGUUGAUUUUGUUUCAGAUGGGUUGGAAAGCAGCUGAGAAGCUUAUUAGGCACUGGAAGGUUCUUAGAGGAGACAAUGUCAUGAUCAUAAGAGGCAAAGACAAGGGUGAGACAGGUGUCAUCAAGCGAGUCAUUCGCUCUCAGAAUCGUGUAAUUGUGGAGGGCAAAAAUCUGGUCAAGAAACAUAUCAAGCAAGGCCAAGGUCAUGAAGGCGGGAUAUUUACUGUUGAAGCCCCUCUUCAUGCCUCAAAUGUGCAAGUUGUUGAUCCAGUAACAGGGAGGCCUUGUAAGGUUGGGGUUAAAUACCUUGAGGAUGGAACAAAAGUUAGAGUAGCAAGAGGAACAGGAGCAUCGGGAUCUAUUAUCCCUCGUCCUGAAAUCUUGAAGAUAAGGACUACCCCAAGACCUACCGUUGCUGGUCCAAAGGAUACUUCUAUGGAUCUCGUGUUUGAGAAGACGUAUGAUGCUAAAACAGGAAAGGGCAUGCCUGAACUUUGAGAGAACUAGUUUUACUGUCAUUGCAGGUCAGAUGGAAAAUUUUGCAGAACAAAAUGAUGGGAGUCAUAUUAGUUGUCAUAGUCUGGCGAAUGAUUUAGAAUAUCUUGCAUUCUACUUCUGCUUCAAUUCAUAAUUUUGAAGGAAUAGUGUACAAACUAACAUGGUCGGAUGACAAAUUUGCUAUGGGAAUAUCUUUAGACUCAA